GAUAAACUUUCUUCUUUCUCUUUGCGGAAACAAAAAUCUAAGCCUCUCCUAAUCUGAUCUAGUUGGGCCAAGAAAUAAUUAAUACAUUAAUCUCAUCUUUCAUUCAUAAAAUGUGGUAAAAACAUAACCUAACCUGAAGGAGGGACAAAGGCAGAGACAGGUUGUCUUUUCACAGAGAGAAGGAACAGUGAACUGAAUAAAGUGUUCACAACCACUGAUUUAUAAUCCUUGGGAUAAAGGCACCCCAGUUUUAAUUUUACGUUGUGCUUUAAUUAUUUUUAAUUAAAGUUGAUUCACAAUCGGAGUGAUGGAGUGCAGUAGAGAUUGUGGAAAUAAAGCAGUUUUGAAGAGGCCCAAAAGUGGUGACAAGUUGUGCAAGCAGUGUUUUUUUGAAGCGUUUGAAGAUGAAAUUCAUUUCACCAUUACUGAAGCGAAGCUAUUUAAACCUGGAAGUACAGUUGCUGUUGCGGCUUCUGGUGGAAAGGAUUCAACUGUUUUAGCUUAUGUAUUGAAACACUUGAAUAGAAAGUAUAAUUAUAACCUCAAAUUCAUGCUUUUAUCAAUAGAUGAAGGCAUAACAGGUUAUAGAGAUGACAGUUUAGAAACUGUGAAGCAAAAUAGGGAUGAUUAUGAAAUGCCACUCAAAAUUUUGUCAUACAAGGACUUGUAUGGUUGGACUAUGGAUGAAAUUGUGUCAGAGAUUGGAAGGAAAAACAACUGUACAUUUUGUGGAGUAUUUAGGAGGCAGGCCUUAGAUAGGGGAGCACAUUUAUUGAGAGUAGAUUAUCUUGCUACUGGACACAAUGCAGAUGAUAUAGCCGAAACAGUGUUGAUGAACAUUUUGAGAGGAGAUUUAGCUAGACUAAGUCGAUGUACUUCAAUCAUAACGGAUAGUGGAGAUGGAAUACCGAGAGUGAAACCCUUGAAAUAUGCAUAUGAGAAGGAAAUCGUUAUGUAUGCAUAUUUCAAAAAGUUAGUAUAUUUUUCUACUGAGUGUACGUUUUCACCAAAUGCUUAUAGAGGACAUGCUAGAGUAUUACUCAAAGAUCUAGAGAAGGUUGAUCCCAGUGUCAUCAUGAAUAUAAUACACUCAGGGGAAUCUUUAAAAGUGAACGAGACUUCUAAAAUGCCAACUCUUCAAAAUUGCACAAGAUGUGGAUAUGUAUCUUCUCAAGAUAUUUGCAAGGCUUGUAUUUUAUUAGAAGGAUUGAAUACUGGAGAACCUAACCUAGGAAUUGGAAAGUCGAGUAAAGUAAAGAAAUCACUUGCCAAGAAUGAAGCAAAGAAAACAUGUUGUGGAGGGAAAGGGAACUGUAAUGAUAAAACUUAGCAUUCUUGAAUAAAUUUAUAUUGAAAUAA